AUGUUCGAGGCGAAUUUCAAGAAGCAAUUUUCCUACAUCAAAGCUUGGAAAGUCCUGUGCGAGUGUGAAAGAUUCAUGUCGCAAGUCGGGGAUGUCCACUCCGCGAAGAAGUCGAAGGGCUCCGAUGGCCAAGCAACCACCACUUCUUCGGAGCCGAGUAUCACGACUAGGCCUCAAGGCCAAAAAGCGACAAAGCGAGACAAGGGGAAAGGGAAGAAGGGAGAAGGAUCUUCGAGAGGCAUCUCGGUCUUCGAGGCCCUUGAGAAGGUCGCCGAAAGCAUGAAGGAGCAUGCUCUCCAAACGGGGCAAAUCGCCGAAGUCAAAAAUGUGCAAGCCGAGAUGAAACAGGAGGAAAUAGAUAUGAAGCUCUUGAACACAGACACGACGAAUAUGACGGGGGCACAAUUGGCCUUGCACAACCACCUAGUCCAAGAAGUGCUCAAGCGUCGAGGGCUUAUUUAG